AUGUCCAAGCUGCUUCGCAAUGGCAUCCCUCGCAAAGAAGACGGCAAGAUCGACUUUAGCUGGAAGAAUCACUACGGAUUCACCGGCUUCAUCGUCCUCUGUGGAUUCCUCUUCCCGCCCCUCGCCGUAGCGGUACGAUUCGGCAUCGGCAAGGACUUCUUCAUCAACGUCAUCCUCACCAUCUGCGCGAUCAUUCCCGGUCACAUCCACAAUUGGUUCAUUCAAAAUAUACGAAACAACGAUACCAAGGCAAGGACGCCCAAGUGGGCCAUCAGGUAUGGGCUGGUGGAUGAUAGACCUGCCAAGAAGCUAGCAAAGAAGAGGCAGUGGACAGGGAGGUAUUAUGACAGGGUGCCGCAGAGGGUGGUGUAUGAUGAUGAGGGCAGAGCGCAUGUGGUAGAGGAGGAAGAGGUCGAGACGAGAGAAGACCAUGUGAUCGCACCGUGGAAUGUCCACCCUAACCGUGUCAAGGAGCACAAGACGGGCUUGGUGGAUCCGGACCAGUGGAUCAAUGAAGAUCCAGAACGCGAGAGGAGGAGCUACGCAGAGCCACAGCCAGCAGCGAGACAGUCAAGGUUCGCCAGGUUCAGACAACGAGGCCACGGCGAUACAGACGACGUGGAAUACAGCACGAGCCAAGGCGCGAGAAGGUACAGCAGCAGCCGAAGCUCUACCUCCUCGCUCAGCAUUGUCAUACCAGAGGACGCAACACGGUCAUCCUACGCACCUUCACAGGGGAGAAGGGGAAGCAGCGUCGCAGGUAAUCGAUACAAGACGCAGUCCGUAGCCGUUGCUGCACCGGCAACCGCGACUGAAAGCAGCAACGACCGCACCGCUGCUCGUCGUACCGACGACAUUUUUGCUCAUGAGUUCUAG